AUGGAAAAGAGUACAAUUGAUUUGAAUGUUGAAACUUCAUCGGCAUCGGCAUCAGCAUCUGAAACCCAUCAUAUAGGGCUGGAAAAUGUGGUUAUAGACAAUGAAAAUCUACCAAGCCAGAGAAGUAAACUCAAGUGGAGCAAAGAAGCAAAUAUACUUUUAAUAAGUGGACGGCUUAAUACAUCUAAGGAUGUUGUGGUAGGAAAUGACCAAACUUCUGCUAAAUUUUUGGAUCGAAUCGCAGAAUACUUCAAUACCAACCACAAAGGUGAAGAACGAAGAACUGGAAAACAAUGCAAAGAUCAUUGGGGCAAGAUGAAUCAAAAGGUGACGCGUUUCAAUGGGUGUUAUAAACGAGUACAACAAGCACAUCAUAGUGGUUAG